CUUGUAGAGCCUGACGCAGACGCAGAGAUUCGGCCAGACGUCACUGCCUUCGUCACUAAGGUUUCUGGAGCUCAAUUCGGCUCUCAUCGCUUUGAGAGGUUCUCGAACUGGAAAGCUCUCAAUCGAGCCACAGCACGACUCAUUCAUGUUGCCAAAUCCUUUCACGAAAGUGCGGACGACAACAACUGCAGAGGCUGGCAUCAGUGUAAAAAACCAUGCAGUACAAGUGAGUUGUCACAAGCCAAAACAGCAAUCAUUCACUGUGUGCAACAUGAAGCCUUCAAAGAGGAAUUCAAAUGCCUUGAGAAAGGAAAAGAGUUACCAAAACAAAGUACACUCAAAAAGCUGAACCCAGUGAUUGAUGAGGAUGGGUUGCUGAGGGUGGGAGGCCGAUUAUCCUCUGCCGACCUGUCACAAGACGAAAAACAUCCUCUCAUCAUCCCACGGACGCAUCAUGUCGCCACUCUGCUGGUAAGACAUUAUCACGAGCAAGUGGCUCACCAGGGCCGUCAUUUUUCAGAUGGAGCUAUUCGAGCAGCAGGCUUCUGGAUUAUUGGGAGCAAACAUCUGGUCUCUGGUAUCAUCCACAAGUGUGUCACCUGCCGUAAGGUUAGAGGAAAGUCAGUUGACCAAAAGAUGGCGGACUUACCUGCAGACAGACUCACAUCAGAGCCACCAUUCACCAGUGUUGGACUUGAUGUGUUUGGACCAUGGAAUGUCAUAACUCGUCGCACUAGAGGUGGUAGUGCAGACUCCAAGCGCUGGGCGGUACUCUUUACAUGUAUGUCUACUAGAGCAGUCCAUAUUGAGCUCAUCGAAUCCAUGUCCACAUCCAGCUUCAUCAACGCGCUGAGGCGUUUUUUCUCUAUCCGCGGUCCAGCAAAAGUGCUACGAUCUGAUCGAGGUACAAACUUUAUAGGUGCCUGCAGGGAACUGGGAAUCGACACAAAUGACUCAGAGUUGACUAAAUACCUCUCAGACAAGGGAUGUACUUGGAUAUUUAAUCCCCCACACUCGUCUCAUAUGGGUGGUUCUUGGGAGAGACUCAUUGGGGUUGCCAGACGUAUCCUUGAUGCUAUGCUGUUUCAGACGGGCUCCACUCGUCUCACACAUGAGGUCUUGAGCACUCUUAUGUCUGAAGUUAUGGCAAUAAUCAAUGCGAGACCCCUAGUGUCAGUGUCAACCGAUCCUGACAUGCCUGCCAUUCUUACACCCUCAAUGUUACUGACACAAAAGACCAACGCUACCUCAGCCCCUUCUGGAUAUUUCCACAUGAACGAUCUUCAUGGAAAACAGUGGAAGCAAGUCCAGUGUCUCGCUGACACUUUCUGGAAAAGGUGGAGACAGGAGUACCUGACAACACUGCAGAGACGCAGAAAAUGGACAGCAGAAAAGCCAAAUGUGAAAGUGGGAGAUGUUGUCUUAUUGAAAGACAGUCAGACGCACAGAAAUGACUGGCCAGUCGGACUUGUGGUCAAAACCUUUCCCAGUACUGACGGAAAGGUCAGGAAAGUAGAACUAAAGGUUGUCAAGCAAGGGAUUGCUAAGGUGUUUCUGAGACCAAUCUCAGAGAUUGUUGUUCUUCUUUCUGAAGCAUCCUAGAGGCAAAAUAUUUGAUUUCAUAGUGGCACAAUCUCAUUAUACCAGGCGGGGAGUGUGCUGCCAUCUUGUUAGAAGGUAUCAGAUUUAUUUUAUUAUAGUGAUUAAGAGUGACUUUCAUUGUGUUCCAUG